AAAAGAAAGCACCGAUACAUGCUCGCUUAAGAUGUUACUCGCAUAGCGACCGGCAAGUGAAGAUGUAUUUUGGGCCCCCCUUCUUCCUAGUGCUCACUUUGGGCGCCAGAGCAGUGGACUGCGGCGAAGCGGGAGUGAUCCGGCACGACAAUCUGAUAGAUAAAAGCCGUUUUAUGGAAUCCGGCUCAUUUCAGAUACCGGGAUUAGCCGGCACUGUGGGCGACGUGUCACCUUCAACGUUCCCUGUCAUCAACGUUCACAUGGACGUUCCAAACACGGACCCUUUGGAAGAGAAGCGUCUUGAAAAAGACCGGGAAAAUAUGGCGCGGGAGCUCGACGAGGUUGCAAGAGACUAUAACCGCGGAAUUAAUGAUUUCUUUCAGAUUGCAGCGUUCCAGCGAGACCAAGUCAAGCACCUCGAACGACUUAGCCAUCUGAGUAAUGGACUGAUCAGAAGGGCACUUCGACGACGGGCGUGACUUAGCAUUCCGGAAUGCCCCGUGUAGGAAGCCAAUUGCGUCUCGACCAGCAGUACAAGGCGCCGACACUUGAAGCAACGUAGCUAACGGUCAGAGUCAUCCCCGACAAAAGGGCAUGCUGAGAUUGUGGACACCCACCACAAGACCAACUUUGCUAGUGCGUCACCCUUAACAGUUGAUAUUAUGUAGUCAUGCAAGUCAUGAACGGUCUCUCCAACGAUUAUCAGCCUCAGUUUGGCAUCUAUUCAUAUCAAUGAUGUGUCGGUUUCGUGUAGCAAUCGCGUGUCUUGGCCGGUAGCCCUUUAACUACAGCAAGCUUUUCAGCCACAGGGGCAUCAGAUUCGUAAACUUUUCGCGCUCA